AGCCUAUGUUUUCGGCUACAGGUGUUUUGACUCAUCAUCUUGGUCAGUGAUCCUGGGAUCAGAAUCUGCCUGUUGUUCAGGUAACAGCAAGGUAUCCAUUUCACGGGGUUGUAUUUCAAAGUAACUUUAUCCACUUGAUUGUUUAGACUUUGCACACCACUUUUAAAAAGGUGUGCCUGCCAUGUCUUUAACUCACACCCCGUUGUUCACGAAGUUCACAAACCGUUAAUUGCAUAAGCUGUCAAUGGAUGAUUACGCAAAUUAUUAUCCCCGUAAGGUCGUUUUUAUUUGGAUGUCACUGGGGUGGGGAUUUCACACACCCCUCACUCCUGCUCUACUGUCCAAGACUCAGAAGCACCCCCUAUGUGAAAGAAUUCCGCAUGUCAAGAACAGUAGGCUGCUCUUCACUUCCUUUUCUUUCUGUUAUUAAAUUGUUACUGCUGCAUCAUAUGUUGGAGUGUCAGAAUUGGUUGACGGGACGGUUACAAAGUAAACAUGCUGCUGAUAGUCGUGUUUUUCGGAAGAGUGGUAUUUCCGUUAUGUAGCCGAUGAUACAUUGUUUCCAGAUGCGAAGCUGUACACCUCCGCUCCGUUAUUCGUAAUAACUUCUAUGGAAAUGUUGUAAAAUAGAAGAACGUUGGAGAUGAAGCAUCGGCUGCUGCAGGGGUGGAUCCCUGUUUUGGUGUGAUUGCCUUUGUGUGAAGAAGGAACUGAAGCUGUGACUGACAGAAUGUCUUGGGGUGAGUUCAUUGAGCUACGUGAGCUGAGGCUCCAUGACCCGAUAGAGCUGACCAGCUGUGAGGUGCCUCACUCACCACCUCGCCUGGAGCGGGCCAAUGCUCUGCGGAUCAGCCCAGGGAAGGUCCCAGAGCUGCUCAGCCGGGUGGGCAUCAUCAGACUGCUGGGGGAUAGCCUGGACUUACUGCUCACAGAUGAGAGGGGAGAGGGACAUGACUUCCAGCCCUGCAGCCAUGCCCAGCCCACCUGGUGUGACCUGUGUGGAGGCUUCAUCUGGGGACUGUACAAACAGAGCCUGCGCUGUGCCAGUGAGUCUGCCUGCUGCACAGGAUUUACUUGUGUAUUGCAGAUUCACGUGUCACUACAGAUGUCGAGCUGUUAUCCAAUUAGAUUGCAGUUUGGAUGGUAGCUCCAUAGUUGAACAAACAUGUGUUAUGGAACACACCAUGGAGACCGAUACAGAUGUGGAUGAACAGGUUGAAUGGGGGAAGCAGCAGGAUCUGUCAGUCACAGAGAUCCAGCAGAAGGUGAAGGAGUACAAUGCUCAAAUCAACAGCAACUUGUUCAUGAACCUGAACAAAGAUGGCUCCUACACUGGCUUCAUAAAGGUCCAGUUCAAGCUGCUACGACCCGUGUCAGUUCCCCCACCAAGAAAGGGUACUGCAACACAGGUUGGUGCGGGCAAGAAGACUGGGGGAGUUAAGCGACGCACCUCUUUUUACCUGCCCAAGGAUACGUCCAAACACCUACAUAUCAGCUCCCGCACAUGUGCUCGUGAGGUCAUCGAAGCCUUGUUGAAGAAGUUCACCGUGGUGGACAACCCUGGAAAGUUUGCUUUGUUUGAGAGCACAAAGCGCCAUGACCAAGUAUUCCUGCGCAAGCUGUCUGACGACGAGAGUCCACUCCACCUGCGUCUGUGUGCUGGACCCAAUGACAAAGCCCUCAGUUUGGUGUUAAAAGAGAAUGAGACUGGAGAGGUCAACUGGGAUGCCUUUUCUAUGCCAGAGCUCAAGAACUUUGUUCGCAUGUUACAACGUGAGGAGGAGGAGCAUGUCAAGCAAAUAGUGCAGCGCUACGCACUAGCCCGCACCAGGAUGCAGGAGGCCCAAGCUGCUAGUCCCACCCCUGGUGGUUCCACCCCUGGCUGAGAAACCGCUUCCCUACGGGACUACCUGCACCUCUGACUGACAAUCAUCAGAAGAUGACCAGUCACUGCAUCCAAAGAUCCCAGAGAACACAACUCGACACCUCCCUCAAAGGAGGAGAAUGAAAGAGCGAAUGAGAGCGAGCGGGCACAUGAGAGCGAGCGGGCAAGCGCGUGUGAGUGUGAGAGAAUCAGAAGUGCCAUACAACUGGAGAGAGUCUGUUGUGCCUGAGAGAGAAUGAGAGUUGAGAGAGAGUAUGUGAAACUGUGGCUGAUGAGAGACUGGCUUUGUCCAGUACUUCCUCUCAUUGUGGAGGUGCCAUUUGACUAUCCUGGGUAAGCUACCUGACUCGUAAUGUUCAUCACCUGUUAUUCUUGCUGGCAGCAGGGUCCAUCAUUUAUAACUUUUGGGUAACAAAUCAAAAGGCCUGUUUCUCUCCCUUACUGUCUAGCAAUACAAGGGAAGCCAACCUAUUAGCUCAGACAAAUGUUGAACAAAUUCAGAUACCGUCUGCUUCAGUAUCUCCAGGCCUUAAUGCUAGUCAGAAUAAUAAGUGAUGGACAUUAUGGGCCAGGUACUCCAGGUUUCCAUUUGCCCCCAAUGCCUUCCAUAUACCUCCUGCACAUCCAUACUAUGAUGGAUGUUACUCUUUUUUGCUUUCCCUUUAUGAGGCUGAGUGGGAGUGCCCCGUGUGUUGGGAGCACUGUGAUUGUCAAUUGAGAGGACAAUCCCCAGGUCGAUUUAAUUGAUAGGGGAAUAGUCCUGAAACUUUUAACAGGAAGCUGUUGCUUUUUAUAGAAUGUUCGUAUGUUUGUAUUGUCUAUAUUUGUAUGUUCUUUGUGACGUUCUAAAACUCUGUUAAAACAACAAAAUAAUAGAACUGAGAAUCUGUUUCAUAUUAUCAGCAUAUGUCUAUAUCUCUUGCAAUAAUAAUUUGACUGUCCUUAACUAUCCCCUUUUCAAUUUCAACAAUUUUAUGUUACAUCUGUCCAGUGUCAAAUAUUUGUUGAAAUAAUAAUAAUAGAUUUGCACUGUUCACAUUAAACAAGUUACUUCACAAAAGUA